AGUUUAUUAUUUUUAAUUUGGAUUAAAGGCUGGAGAGUAGAUAUUUGAUCAAAUUCCUGGAAAUUUCAAGAGAAAUCUCUGAAUAUAUUAAACGCAUUAUGCACUGGAGCUGCGAAGAUGAUGAGUGAUCUAACGGGGACAACUGCGAUUUCCUUUAUUCAUGAAUAUAGAUGUAAAUAUUGUAUAGCAUAACAGAAAGUGCAAUAAUGGAAAAAGAAAAAGAAGGAAAGCUCACUUGGUCUGAGCUGAAAGGAGUGGUCAGUGAUCUGAGAAGACAACUCUCCAGCUUAUCUACCAUGGUGCCAAUCUCUAUCACAUUCAGGACACUUCCGGAUGGUAGAACUAGGAUAUAUUUUCUGAGUACCCCUCAUAAUGGUUGGGAGACCACAUUGUUAUUUGCUGAUGUGCCCAACUGCAUUCAACCUACUAGUUUGAGACUCCAGUGGCAAUGUGUGAUAGAGUCAAAUUUUCCUAGUGUUUCUUCAUCUAAUAAAUUCUCUAGAGAGGAACAGUUGCUAUGGGAGAGAAAACGUUUGACUACUUGGGGUAUAAAUUCCUAUGAAAUUCAUGGGGAAUCUGGGAAAAUAGUGUUUCCUGCUGCCAGUAGUUUGUUCCAAUGUAUAGAUAGUGGAUAUUCGAAUGGUCUGCUUUUUCCCACAAAACUUAGGAUGACCUCUUCAGGUGCUAAAAUAAAUUCCCAAAUCUGUCCAUCCAACCCAGAUCUUGUAGCCUACAUAUGCAACCACGAUAUAUGGGUGACGCAUACCAUGUCGGGGUGCAACAUGAGACUGACGUAUGCCCAUAAAGGCGGCAGGAAUCUUGCAGACGAUCCGCUGUGCGCAGGCGUACCGUCCUAUGUGAUGCAAGAAGAGUUUUCUAGGUACCAAGGUUAUUGGUGGCAGCCUAAAUGUAAUGGUGGCGUGUACAGAAUUCUGUACGAAGAAGUGGAUGAGGGUGACGUCAAAGUGUACUGUUUCCCCUCCUCCCAAUCGGAAUCGGGGGAAGUGGAGGAGUUUCGCUUCCCCAGAGCAGGCUCAGCCAACGCAAAAUCCUACCUCAAGCUGGUCGAGUUUAAGGUGAACGAGCACCUACAGAUAGCCGAGGUGUGCUCUUUGGAGUUGCAGUUUUCUUUGUCGCUGCUCUUUCCUUGGAUGGAGUACAUCGUCAGGGUGGGUUGGACCCCCAAUGCCGAAUACAUUUGGAUCCAACUUCUCGAUCGCAGGCAACAAAAACUCGAAUUGGUGUUGCUUUCCCUGAGCAAUUUCACCGAAGUACUUCCGCUCUACGACGAUUCUACUAACGUCCACUUGAGCAGUCCUGUGGUGCAGGUGAUCUACUCUCAGGAAUCCUCGAUAUGGAUCAACGUACAUGAUCUCCUGCAUUUUUUUCCUAGCAACGAUAGUAACGAGGUCCAGUUUAUCUGGGCAUCAGAGGAUACGGGUUAUCGGCACCUGUACUUAGUCACUGCCCAGAUUCAACCGUACAUGAACGGCAUCACCGAAGGUACAGAGAUGAUGGACUAUGUUUUCCUGCAGCCCAAGAUCACCUCAAAGGUGGCAUUGACUUCUGGCGAUUGGGAAGUUUUGGGUCAACACUUGUGGGUAGACCACGAGAAGUUGCUGGUGUACUUUAUGGGCUUGAAAGAAACUCCUCUGGAGAAGCAUCUGUAUGUGGUGUCUUUGAGGAGGCCAGGAGAGGUCAGAUUGUUGACAAGGCCCGGAUAUUCCUAUUCUGUCGACUUCAAUAAGGAAUGUUCGUUACUCGUCGCCGUAUACAGCAACAUCCAGAAACCGCCUGCCUGUCAAGUGUUUCGCGUAGCGCACGCCGAUUGGACGGUCGAGGGCGUGUCUUUAACGCCCUUGGGCUACCUCACAGAGGCCGCGAUUCCCGCCCACGAUCACUACACGCCCGACCUCUACACGCGCGAGAUCGAUUCCGGGCAUGCGCUCUACGCCAUGGUGUUCAAACCGCACCGAUUCGAAGGCGGAAAGAAGUAUCCGACGGUGUUGAACGUGUACGGAGGGCCCGAGGUGCAGCUUGUGUCGAAUAGCUUCAAGGGUAUGAGACAACUCAGGAUGCACAUGUUGGCUGCCAGCGGUUAUUGUGUGGUGGCGAUAGACUCCCGAGGCUCCCAGCACCGAGGCUUGCACUUUGAGAGCUAUAUCAAGGGGCGAAUGGGCACUGUGGAGCUGAAGGACCAAGUUGAGGUGCUCAAAUGGCUGUCUGACAGCUUGGACUACAUCGAUUUGAGUCGUGUGGCGAUCCACGGUUGGUCUUACGGUGGCUAUUUGAGUUUGAUGGGUCUGAUAAACUAUCCCGAAGUAUUCAAAAUAGCGAUAGCUGGUGCUCCGGUAACGAAUUGGAAUUUGUACGACACCGGUUACACGGAACGGUACAUGGAUCUGCCGGAACACAAUCCGGAAGGUUACCAUGACGGUUCCGUUCUGAAUUACAUCAACAAAUUGCCCGACGAGGAAAACAGACUGCUCAUCAUCCACGGUCUCAUCGACGAAAACGUCCAUUUCUACCAUACCAGUCAGCUGAUAAACGGCAUAAUAAAGGCCGGCAAGCCGUACCAGCUGCAAAUCUACCCGAACGAAAGACAUUCUCUAAGACAUUUAGACGCCAGCAAACAUUACGAAACCACGUUGCUUUCCUUCCUUCAAAAUCAUCUGUAAAUUCACCGGAACACCGGAAGAAUGUUUUGCUGGUGAAAAAAAAACAAUAACAAAUUACAAACUCGUGCGACAGAAUUUUGGGAAAUUUUAGUCUGAUCUGGAAAAUGUUUUACUGGUGAAAAAACAAUAACAAAUUACAAACUCUUGGCGAC